CAUUAAAUUACCUUUGAAUUCCCGCGUUGACGUCUACUCUACGGUUGACUCCAUCUUCCUCUUCCUCUUCCAGAUGGGAGAAGAUGAAACAAAGUCAGUCUUCUUCAAAACCUCUGCCAUAUUUCAGUGAAUGAAUUUCCAGGGAAAACCCAAUCUCUCGCCGGAAAAAACACCCAAAUCUUGACGCCGAGGAGGCGGCCUGGCUUGGUAAAGGUGUGAACAAAACACAGAAUUUAUUCAUGCCUUUGGGGUUAUAAUUUAAUCAUUAUAUCUGCAAGUCAUGGCAAGCAAUUUAUGCAUUGAACCCUUCCCAAACCCAGAUUCGGGAAUUCUUUGUGAAACAAUUAAGGUUAUUUGUGAAACUAUAGAUGCUGCCAGUUUUGUUCCAGUACAGAAGGAAAAUUUCAAGAGAUUAUCGACUUUCUUGGAGAGAAUUGGGUUAAUCCUAAAGGAUUUAUCCAGGUUUGAAGUUAUGAGAAAUGAGAGCCUAAUCUCUGCUGUUGAGACUCUCAAACUGGAGAUUGAGGUUAUAAAGGAACUCUCAUUAGGGUGCAGAAACAGUAGUAAGAUUUAUCUCCUAUUAAAUUGCCUAAAAAUUGUCAAGUGCUUGGAGGCUAACACGAGAGAGAUUAGUCGGAUCUUAGGAAUUGUGACCUCGUGUUCUGAGAAUGUUUCAUCAGAAACAACUGAUCAGCUUAGGGGUCUUGGAAAUGAUUGUACAUUUCAAGUGUCUGUGGAGGAAGCAGAAAUCUUGGAGAAAAUCGAGUUGGGGAUACGAGAGAGGAAUACUGAUAGAUCUUACGCCAAUGAUUUGCUUAGUCGUAUUGCUGGGGCUGUGGGGAUCUUAACUUUUCACUCUGAGCUGAAGAAAGAGUUUGAAGACUUCAGGAGAGAUUUGAAAAGCAUUCGAGAUAGGAAAGAUGUGGCAGAAGCAUUACGGAUGGAACAAAUCGUUCGCCUGCUAGGAAAUGCUGACAUGAUUACUAGCACCGAGGAGAAGGAGAAGAAGUAUCUGACUAAGCGGAACUCGUUGGGCAGGCAGUUAGUGGAACCUCUUCAGUCAUUUUACUGCCCAAUUACAGGAGAUAUCAUGAUGGAUCCAGUUGAGACUACCUCGGGUCAGACUUUCGAAAAGGAAGCUAUAGAGAAGUGGUUAGUGGAAGGGAACCAUUUCUGCCCUUUAACCAAAACCCCGUUGAGCAAAUCAGAUCUUCGUCCUAACAAAACUCUUCGUCAGUCCAUUGAAGAAUGGAGGAAUAGGAACAAAAUAAUUACUAUUGCUUCUCUAAAACGAAGAAUUCAGAUGAGUGAUGAGUCAGAAACACUUGUAUCCUUAGAGACAUUACUGGAGAUCUGCCAAGGGAAUGAGCUGCAGCGUGAGUGGAUAAUAAUGGAAAACUUCACACCCAUUCUGAUAAAUAUUCUUUUUUCGCCCAAUCAAGAAUCAAGAAGGUGUUCAUUGUCCAUUCUCCGCAACCUUGCAAAGGAGAACGACGAAAGCAAGGAAAGAAUUGCUAGUGAAUACAAGGCCAUUGAGCCAAUUGUGCGCUGCCUUGCGCGUAAACCUGAAGAAAGCAAAUGUGCAUUGCAAUUGCUUUUGGAGCUAUGCAAAAGUAAUGUAGUUCGGGAUUUGGCUGGGAGGGUCCAGGGUUGUAUACUUUUGCUUGUGACAAUCUCGAAUAGUGAUGACACUGAGGCUGCAGAAUAUGCUGAGAAGAUUUUAGAGACUCUCUCAUUCCUUGAUCAGAAUGUCAUACAAAUGGCAAGAUUAAAUUAUUUUCGACCUUUAUUGCAGCAUCUUUGUUCAGAUCAGGGAAGUGCUCAAAUUGCUAUGGCCAAGGCCCUAACAGAUGCCCAGUUGAGUGAUCAGAGUAAAUUGUGUCUUUUAAAAGGUGGAGCAUUAAAUCCACUACUUAAGUUUCUCUGCCACAGUGACAUGGAGAUGAAGGUGGUGGCUAUUGAAGCUCUGCUAAACCUUUCAACCGUAGCUCAAAACGGUUUGAUGAUGAUCAAAGAAGGUGCUGUAGAACCAUUAUUUGAACUGCUCUUUUGUGAUGCUGUCUCACCUCUUCUUUGUGAAAAAGUAGCUGCCAUACUUAUGCAUCUUUCUCUGUCAAGAAUUGGGGAAGAUGCCAAUAAUGGUGGGUAUGUUCCAUUUUUGGAAUCCCAGGAGCAGAUUUUCAAACUCUUCUCUCUUGUUUCAUUGAGUGGUUCUGAGGUGCAACAGAGCAUUCUCCAUACCUUUUGUGCAAUGUGCCAGUCUCCGGUUUCUGGUUAUAAUGUCAGAACUAGGCUAAGAAAGAUCUGUGCUGUCAAAGUCCUUGUACACUUAUGUGAACUUGACAAUUGCAAAGUCAGGGCAAAUGCUGUUAAACUCUUCUAUUGCCUGACAGAAGAUGGUGAUGAUAGCACAUUCUCACAGCAUGUGAAUGAUAAAUGCAUUGGAACCUUGGUGGGGAUCAUGAAAACUUCUGAUGAAGAAGAGGAGAUUGCUGCAAUCUUAGGUAUCAUCUCCAACCUUCCCCAAGAAUCGAGGAUGUCUCUGCACCUUCAUGAAGCUGGUGCACUUCAGGCCAUCUUAGAUUGUCUAAAUGACCAUGCGUCGAAAAGGACUGAGAUUGUUGAGAAUGCCACAGCAGCCCUUUGUCGUUUCGCUCUUCCUGUGCACCCAGAAUGGCAGAAAGAGGUAGCAGAAGCCGGGGCAAUUCCUGUUUUGGUAAACCUACUUGAAUCUGGGAAUUCUUUGACUAAAAAACAUGUAGCCAUUUUGCUUAAACAGUUUUCGGAACGUUCUUCUGGCUUGAGCACACCCGUGAGGCAGGGAUGGGGUCUUGUUUGUUGUUUCUCCUCAAAUUUACCUAGGUGUCCACUCCAUUCAGGGUAUUGUACCAUAGAAUCCUCAUAUUGCCUUCUGGAGGCUAAUGCUCCCAGGCCUCUGGCAAAGGUCCUUGAGGAGCCAGAUGGAGAAGCCUGUGAAGCUUCAUUGGAUGCACUUCUGACGUUAAUCGAAGGAGAACAGCUGCAGAAUGGCUGCAAGGUUCUUGCAGAAGCUAAGGCCAUUACUCCAAUCAUAAAACUGUUGAGCUCAGACUCUUCCAGGUUACAAGAAAAAGCUUUGAGGGCCUCAGAGAAGAUAUUUAGGGUGUUGGAACUCAAGCAAAAAUAUGGGUCAUCAGCUCAGAUGCCACUAGUUGAGAUCACUCAGAAAGGGAGUGGUGAAAUGAAAUCUUUAGCUGCCAGAGUACUAUCCCAUUUGAAAUUGCUCCCUGAACAGUCUUCCUUUUUCUGAUGGACAUGAGUGAAGUGAGAGAGAUGAAGGUGAAGAUCUACUUAAUGGCCAAAUAUACAAUUAUAUACACAUCAGAGAUAUCUUAUUCUUUGUUCCUUACCAACAAAAAACUGAAUUCCAAUACUGAGAAGCCUGAACUUCCAUUUCAUUCUCACUGAUUUUAUCAGAGAGAAUUUGCAGUAAACUUGAUGAAAAGAGGCUAUCGUUAGAGAAGUUCACAUAUUUGGGCUAUUGAAUUGAUUUUGCUUACUUGGAUUUAUGCAUGAUUAGGCUUAUUGAUACGUGUACUUUUAUAUUUGAGAUGUAGAUUGAUAUUUUUGUGCUCAUAUGUUGUAUUUAAUUUGUAACUUUUUAUUUGAGAAAUAAAAUUCUUCGUUCCUAUCAAA